CUGAGUGAAACGUCUUCAUUAAUCCACCAUCUUCGUCGGAGCCUCCAGCAUUACGAUUUCUACCCAUUCUUUGCGCGCUCAGUAGUACAUUAAAGCGCAACGUAGCCUCGCUUUCGGUACCGCUGAGUGCCAGUAGCGGAGAAGCCUCCAGACUCGAUGUGUAGAACCAAUAGGCUUCUUUAGUUCUGUUAGCCCACGGAAGAAGUGAGAUUUCUACCCUCCAAGCAUAUUUGUGGCUAUGUCGACGUGACCCGUUUUCCCAUAAUAUAACACCGCGACGGAUAGAAAGACCCCAUCUAAAAUCUUUAAAAUGAAAAACACCCGAUGCUCACGUUGGACUAGCUGUAUCAGUUUCGUGGACUGUUAAAACGGUGCAAGCCUUGCAAUAUGUACUGGGAUGGAUGAGGAAGAGCAGAACCGCUAUGUGGCCCAGCUGAAGGAGGAGUUCGACAGCUGUGACACCACAGGUACCGGUUACCUGGACAAGGAAGAGUUGACGGCCCUCUGUCACAAGCUGUCCCUGGACGCCCACCUCCCCCUUCUGCUGAACACGUUGCUGGGACCGCACCACUAUGUCCGGGUGAAUUUUGAAGAGUUCAAAGAGGGCUUUGUAGCUGUGCUGUCUCACUCUUUGGACUUCAGCACAUCAGAAGAGGAGAGCAGCUAUCUGGAACCAGUUGUUCCCGAGGAGGUGAAGCCCAAGUUUGUAAAGGGAACGAAGCGCUACGGCCGGCGGUCUCGGCCGGACCGGCCCAACUCCGAGCUCACAGCUGACUUGGAGGACUCUCCUCCUUUCCGGACAGAGCAGAAGGAGCCCUCUCCAGCUGGUGUGAGGAGGGCCAAACUUCGACGCUCCACUUCUCUGGAGAGUGUGGAGAGUCUCAAGUCGGAUGAAGAAACCGGAAGCCAUAAGGACAACAUCCAUCAAACGUUUGAGGCACAAGGGCAGCAGAAGCGAUGGAAGCAGGACAGUUCUGAGAGCCUGCUUCACUCCCCUGGUGUGACAGAUGUCCAGAUGAGGGCAUUGUGGGAGGAGCUGAGUGUAGGAGGAGGCGGCUUUCUGAACAGACAGGAGCUGGCCUUGGUCUGUGACCACCUUGGCCUGCAGGACCUGAAUACAGAGGAGUUGGACUCUCUCUUCAGGAAGUUGGACACUGACCUUGAUGGAAGGGUCAGCCUCAGGGAAUUCCAGAAGGUCCUCCUCAGAGACGGGGCAGUCUCAGCCCCCACCUCCUCCUCCACCCCCAUUCGACCCAACCCUCAGCGCUCACUCCAGCAGGCCUUCGAGGAGCGGGUGGUGCGCUCCACGUCCCCCUCUCUCCUCUCGGCCACCGUGGGCCAGAAGCUGCUGACCAGGCUGGACGAUGGUUCAGGCUGCACCAGUCCAGAGAGGGUCAUCGCCCUCUGGACCGAGGAGGGCAUCCGGAACAGCAGGGAUAUCCUACAGACUUUGGACUUCCCCCUGGAGGAGCGGGUCAGUCUGGCGGAACUCACCCUGGCCCUGGACAAUGAGCUGCUGGUCGGUGGCAACGGCAUCCACCAGGCCGCCCUCAUCUCCUACAAAAAUGAGAUCCAGUUCCUCCAGGUGCUGGCAGACCAGGCGUGUCGGGAGAGGGACAAGGUCAAGUCUGACCUAGACUGGGCCAACCGGAGGAAUCUCCAGUUGGUCAGGGAGGUGGAUGACCGGCAUGCCACCAUGGAGUCACUGAAUGAAACCAAAAUCAAGGGCCUGGAGCAGGAGUAUCGGGAUCGGCUAACCGCCCUACGCACUGAGUCGGAGCAGGAGGGCGAAGUGCUGCUGCAGCGGCUGGAGAGCGAUCGGGCCAAGCUCAAACAGGAAGUGGAGGUCCUAAAAGCACAGGACGCCAGCCUGCAGGAGGAAGUCUGCAAUGCCACCCAGGAAAACAGCCGUUUGGAAGAUGAGGUCUGUGUUCUGAAGGGUAAGCUGUCGGAGGCCGAGAACACCAUCUCCAAGCUGCAGAGAGACCUCGACCAGCUCCUACUGGAUAAGUUCGGGAGCCAGGACCUGAACAACACAGGACUGCUAAACCAGGAGGAGCGCUUCUCUGAGAUCAUCAAGGAGUAUGAACUGCAGUGCCGGGAGCUGCGGGACAGGAAUGACGAGUUGAACUCUGAGGUGGAAAUAUUAAAGAGUCAAGGGACGGGGAGGAGAUCGCGACAAGCCCGAGACACGUCCACACAAGCCUGGUCAAGCCGACGAUCACUGACCACCGAGUCCGAUUCUGAUGACCCAGAGAUGAAAAGAAGCAUAUCCCCCAUAGCUAGGAAAAAGCUCCAAGUGGCCAAUAAGAAAGGCCUUGGUUCUCUAGAGAACCUGUCUGUCCCAGUUGUGAGCAUUGAGACAGAGAUGGUCAUGGAACAGCUGAAGGAGAGGCACAGCCAGGAGGUGCAGGACCUGAAGAUUGAGAUAGAGACCAAGGUGAACUUCUACGAGCGCAGCCUGGAGCUGAUGCGGCAGAGUGUUGAAGUGGAGAGAAAAGACAUCUCCCAGGGCUACAAGGUGGAGAUCAGUGAGUUGGAGGAGCAGAAGGCCCAGGCUGAAGAGCAGGUGAAGAGGCUCCGGGAGACCGUGGAGAAGCUGCAGGCCCAGCUCAUGAACAGCCAGGGAGGGCCAGGCUGGGGCACUGACCAGGAGAGACGGGCCCAGCGCGAACAUGCCCAGCUGGAGCAGAACUACGCCCGGGAAAUCAGUAACCUGGUCAAGAAGCUGACCUCUGAAAAAGACCAGCUGGAGGCUGAACUGAAGCUCAAGAUGGAUCAGGAAGUGCUGCAUGUAAGGGAAGAGGCAGAGCAGAAACUGUCUCAGGUGAAGGCCCAACAGGACAAGGCCCAGCGCAGAAUCAUGAUCCAACUAGACGGUGAGCGUCUGCGGCUGCAGGAAUUGGAGCAGCAGAGGCACAGGGAAAGGCUCCUCAGUACAGAGAGGGCGGGUGAGGAGCAGGCCAGGUUCUGCAGCCAGGCUGCGGUGGAAUGGAAGAGGCUGGAGGAAGAGCACCAGGUGGAAGUGCAGCAGUUAAAGAAGCACAUAGCCAGUCUUCAGGGGCAGGCAGAACUGGCAUCGGGUGGGGAGACAUCACUUGCACGGCACACCCAGUUAGAGGCGAAAGUAGAGCAGUAUCACACACAGCUCAGUCAGUUAAAAGCUGAACUGGAAGAGAGUCGUCGUCAGUACGGUCAACUGGAGGCCCAGCUGGUAGUGGUUUGUACCCAGCUGGAGGAAAGCACUGUGUCUCGGGAGUGUUUGACCUCAGAACAGCGUGCUGUAGAGGAGGAGCUGGGGUUGUUGCGGGAUAGAGAACAAGAGCUCCUUGGUGAGGUGUCUGAGCUCAGAGGGGAGCUGCACAGUCUACGGUCUGAGUCAGCCACACUUGUUCAGGACAAGGAGAUGGUGGCAGAGAACAUCAGACGUCUUUCCAGCGCCUUCGUACAACAUCAAGCUCAGCUAAGAGCCAAAGAGGAAGAGACAGACACCCUGAAGGAGGAGUUGGAAAGGUCAGAGGAGGCUCUGAGAAACGAAGUCGAACAACGUUCCAGGCAGACCGCCGACCUGCUCUCCCUGAAGGCGGAUCGAGCCAAGCUGAUGAUGGAGCUAAGAAAACACCUGCUAACCAUUGACCGUCUAAAGGCAGAUCUUCAGUGUGUAACUGAGGUCCAAUGGAAGAAGGCAGAGGAGAGUUUUCAGGAAGCCCUGAGGCAGGAACAAAGCAAAGUCCCUGAGAUCCAAUCCACCCUGGACCUGGAAAGGGAAGAGACUGACCGCCUUCGCCAUGAGAACACCCACUACAUCCGCCUGGUUGACCAACUCUCCAACCAGAUUGUUGAGAUGGAAACCGAGUCCUCUAAACUCCAAGGCUACAUCCACGAGCUGAAAACCCAACUGGGCAAAAAGCCCAAACUGGUUUCUGAUCUUAGGACCAACCUGGAGCCCAAAUCCACUGAGACAGACCAUCUUGAAUCAGACGUAAAGCACACUGCAGCUCUGUUAGAGAUGUCAGAAGCCCUGUCCGACAAGCAUUAUAGCGAAGAGGAAUUGAACGCCCAGCUGAAGAUGGAGACUGAGCUGUGCUCCCUUAGAGAAAAUGCUGACAGCAGCUGCGGUGCCAUCCAGCUGCAGCAGGCCCUCCUGGCCUCUCAGGCUGAAGCCCGUAGGUUAGAGGAGGCCUUUGAUCGGGAGAAGGGCAAGAUGAAGGAGCAGCUGGUGGAGAUGGAGAAGCUGGUCAUGGCGCUGGAGGUGGUGAUGGACCCUGCCAGUCCACACAGGUCUCAGCUAGACAAGGUGAACUGUGAGAACAGUUCUCUGAAGGACAGAUUGGUCAUGUUACAGCAGGAAGUCCAGAGACUGGAGGAGGACAUCCUCAAGAAAAAAAAGAAACUGGAUGAAGUAGAGCAGGAACAUGAGAAGAACCGGGAGGAGCAGGAGAUUCUUCACAAGGAGAACGCCAAGCACCGGGAAGAGGUGUUGGACCUGAGCGCCCGCAACCUGCAGCUGAGUGGCGAGAACGCUGAGCUCAGCUCCCGUCUCCGUGCCGACCAGGGGGCUGUCCAGAUGCUGACGGAGCGUCUGGCUCAGGUGUCCCGGGAGCAGGAGGAGGGGGCAGCCACAGCAAGGAGGCUCCAGGAAACCUCCACCCAGCGGGAGAGGGAGAUGCUACAGCUGCAGACAACCUGGCAGCAUGACAAGGAGUUGCUAGAGAGAGAGCUCGACACAACCAAGGAAAAGCUCCAGCGUUUGAAAGAAGUGGAGUCUUCACUGACCAGCCUGACUCUGAAGUACCAGUGGCUGGAGCAGGAUAAAGAGAAGCUGCUGAAGGAGGCAGAGGAGAGGAACCAGAUGGUUGAGAAGCUCCAAGAGGCUCUCCAUUCUGUGGACUGCCAGACAGAGCUGCUUCGCUCCCAGCUACAGUCUAUGGGUCGGGAGAAGAAUGACCAGGCCCAGGAACUAGCCAAGAACCAAAAGAUACUGUUGGACGCCAAGGGCAAGGUAAAGGAACUGGAGGCCAGCAUGGGCCAGCUGAAUGUGGAGAAAGAGCAGCUCCAUAUGGCCCAGAAACAUCACGAGGAGGAGGCCACAGUAUACCUUCAAGAGGAGUGCCAGAGGCUGCGCCUCCAAAACCAGGACCUACUCCACAUUGUCUCUCAGCUCCAGGGCCAGGAGGAGGAGAUAGAGAGGCUAACUGAGGAGUGUCUGACUCUAAACAACCAACAGACACAGCUGGAGAAUGCCAGGGCAGAGGCACAAGACCAGGCCCUCAGUGCGGAGACAGACUUGACGCUGGCCCAGGCCAAGCAUGUUCGGGAGCUGCAGCAGUUAAAAGACCAGGCUGGCCUGGGUUCCAGGGAACAGCUGGCACACCUCCAAGCUCAGCUGGCAGACGAGAAGCGCAGGAGACAGCAGCUUGAGCAGAAACUCGCCACACAGGCCCAACAAGCCGGUGUCCAGAUGGGCCUGAAGCAGGAGCAAUAUGAGAAAGCGAUGGGGACCAUGCAGGAGAGGAUGGAGGAGGUGGAGACAAAGCUGAAGACUGUACGCAUGAUGCUGCAGGACAAAGUCCACCAGCUGAAGGAGCAGCUGGGGAAGAAUGCCAAGUCGGACAUCAUGCUAAAGGACCUGUAUGUGGAGAACGCCCAGCUGAUGAAGGCGCUGCAGGUCACAGAGCAGCGGCAAAAGAGUGCUGAGAAGAAGAACUUCCUCCUGGAGGAGAAGAUCACCGCCCUGAACAAGCUCCUUCGUAAGAUCGCCCCGGCUUCCCUCUCCGCGUAGCUGCUCCCAGAAAGACAUUGACAACUGUGAAAGACCUCUUAGUUUCCUUCCCUUAACCUUAGUAUUGGAUCACCAUCUGAGUGACGCAUGGAUGUUUGUUUUGGCAGAAGGUCCAUACAUGGGACCACAAAGUCAAUGUGUGUGACGGCUCCCUCAGGAUGGAUGUUUGACUUCACACAGCGUAGGUUGUAUGACAAAGUGAAACGGCAUGUAUUGAGUGUUUUCAGCCACCAGGGUAUUAUGCAUGUACUUUUGUUUUUGUGUAUACAAAUAUAUUUUUUUAUUUUUAAUUAUGCUGAGGUGUGACCCAUUUUUGUGAAGGUCAAUCAGAUGUUUGUACAAAGUAUCAUGUCUCUGCAGAGACAGGCAGUCUGAAGAUAACAGAUUAUCGACCAGCAAUAUGCUGUGUUGGUAGAUCUGUGAGUUGGUGUGAAAGGUCUAGAUGUAGAAUGGGACCAAGGGUAUGACAGCAAUAACAUUCCAGUUCGAAAGCCGAACACUCCAUUAGGGUACUUUAAGUGUUGGUCUGUAUUAGACGAACGGUACUGUAUGCGGAAACCUCUGUCACAAAAUGAAUCAAAGAAAGGGUUUAGCUACUCAGUGAAUUCUUUGUGAUUAUGUUAAAUUAUCAACCAAAAGCACAGUAUUUACCAAUGUAACGUUUUUUAUACACAUGUCCUUUUAUAAAUCUGCACAAUUUGACAUUUUGAUGCACUGCUGUACAGUCAACCUUUUAAAUCCUAAAUUAUGAGUACUAAAAUUAUGCUUUGGACAAUGUUGUAAAAACACUAACAUGCGAGAUGUAGAUUUGACAUGCACAACACAACCAAUGCUAAACACAACUGACAUAAUAAAUGUCCUCCAGCGAA